GUUCCGGGAUCUACUAACUGGGAAAGCCAGCCGGUGCUGCAGCGACCUCCAAGCUCCUGUCCCUGAGGUGCCCCGCCCAACGCGCCGGCUGCUUCCUGGAGCUGCGGGGCCUCCGCGUGGGGAAAAUGAGCCGCAUCUACCACGACAGCGCCCUCCGCAACAAGGCGGUGCAGAGCGUGCGACUGCCCGGGACCUGGGACCCCACCACCCACCAAGGGGGAAGUGGCGUAUUGCUGGAGGGAGAACUCGUGGAUGUAUCCCGGCACAGCAUCUUGGAUGCCCAUGGCAGGAAGGAACGCUACUAUGUGCUGUAUAUCCAGCCCAGUUGUAUCCACCGGCGUAAGUUUGACCCCAAGGGAAAUGAAAUUGAGCCCAACUUCAGUGCCACCAGGAAGGUGAACACAGGCUUCCUCAUGUCAUCUUUCAAGGUGGAGGCCAAGGGCGACACAGACCGGCUCACCCUGGAGGUGCUGAAGGGCCUGGUAAAUAAGCCCGAGCUGCUGGAGUUGACAGAGAGCCUCACCCCAGACCAGACAGUCGCUUUCUGGAUGCCUGAGUCAGAGAUGGAGGUCAUGGAACUCGAACUGGGGACUGGAGUGCGGUUAAAAACUCGGGGUGAUGGCCCCUUCAUAGAUUCCUUAGCCAAACUGGAGCUGGGGACAGUGACCAAGUGUAAUUUUGCUGGUGAUGGAAAGACAGGAACAUCCUGGACAGACAAUAUCAUGGCCCAAAAGUCUUCAGAGAGGAACACAGCGGAGAUCCGAGAGCAAGGAGAUGGGGCAGAGGAUGAGGAAUGGGACGAUUGAGGUGCCUCCUCUCCUACCAGCGUCUGUGAUGGUGUCACUGAGAAGUGGCCACGCCGACUUCUACCUUGGAGAGAUCGGUCUGUCAAGCUGAUUACCAUUUAAUACACUCUGCGAAAAUCAAAUCCAAGACCUCAAUACGCACCAAGGGUCCAGCUCUGGCUUUUAUAUGUCUGUGUCCUUCUUUGGAUGCAAGGCUAUUCCCCAGA